AUGAGCUCUCUCCAGGGGAGGCUCUGGUCUGCACAGGAUCCUCAAGCUUCCCGCUGGUCAUCCUCCCGACCUUGGCCUGUUACUUUGCCGGGGCAAGAGGAAGAGCGCCGUUCAUCUGCCCCAUUAUCCCAUGAAGUCCCAAGCGCUCGUGAUGAAACCUUUGCUGAAAUGUCUGACACCCCUAGAGAACGGAAACAGAAUCCCUUAGGAGUUCUAGGAAAUCCCAAUACCGCCCUACCUAUACGCCCAAUGGCUACCAACAUCGAACAGUGGAACGCUCGUCGCAAAAAGCUCGACCAGGAGCUCGAUGCUAAAUCUGCGCCGUGCAGAUUGGUUCUUCAAAAACACUUAUUGCAAAUGAAGAAGACGCAUGCUUACAUAGUGAGGAGUAGUCUCACCGCAGCUCGAUUAGACAUCAACGCCCGGGGUUUUUACGAUGGCACCCCAGGAAGUGGCACUCCCGGAAUUUCCUACGAUGAGGUGUCUCCGUUUACAGAUAUGGGCAGUAUUGAUAUUACAGCUACUGAGGCGAAGGAACGGAGGAUUGAUGUGGGGAGGCUUUAUAUUCGACAUCACAGCAAGCCUCACGCAUUAUCUGAACACCGACUGGUGUUGCCAGCCCAAGUGGCAGAGACACCAAAAAAUUUGGAAAAGGUUCCAAAAUAUCACUCGUAUACUACUCUCAGGAAUAACAUACUUUCAGACGAUGAUGAAAUCAUGAGAUACUAUCCGUAUCUGGGGGAUGAGGCUGGUGACGACGAGAUCAAUCAGCUUAGUGCGGAAGAGACCUUUAUUGACAGAACUAGAGCAACGGCAGAAGAAGGGAAAAAGGAUGAGUGUAUGACUACCCCAGAUAGACUGAUAGCUUUCUACUAAUUUUAUCAUAGGUGCCGCAAUGUACACGACUUUUAUACAUGACUUUCUACAAGAUUUAGAACUCAGCUUUGAUGCAAUUGCCGGAUACCUUGUUGGUGAUAUAACAGGGAUCAAUAGCGGUAUCAGCAAGCCUCGCAGCGAAGCCAUCCGCACACAAGCUUUACCCAACGAUUUCGAUCGCGAGGAUUCAAAAAUAAAGGCCUUGCGGGAACGACUAGGGACGGUCACCAUGGAGGAACUGGAAAAGGCUGAGUCUGUCUGUAGAAUAUUUAAACAACAGACAAAGAUCUCCAUGUGGGACGUUGUUAAGCGGGUCGCACCAGUGGUUAGGGACUGCCUUUCUUCAACGAGAGUGACAAAUGGUGCAGGCGGAGCUUUUGCGAAAGAUACGGAUGACGGGGGCAAAGAAAGAGAAAUUGCAGCCCAGACCGGAGGAAAUCCGAUCCCAUAUAGUCUCGAGAGUUACGCAACCUUGAAUUGCCUUCUUUGCUACAUGCAUGAGUGCCGAUUUCAUCGUAAGUCAAUUCCACAAACCACAAAACCCCUAUGGCUCCUCAUUCAUCUCUAUUAAUCAUAUUUUUCUUUUGUUCAAAAUAGUCAGCAAAGACCAUGACCGGUUAGCGAUGUCUGGUGGGGACGAUGAUGAUGAUGUUGAUGUAACUAAACCAACUAAAAAAGGCGACGUUAUUCCAUUAAAAGUAGCCACUAGCGUCCCUGGAUGGGCCAGUAUGAGUAAGGGAGCAACGGUCGAUCCUUGGGGCGGCAAAGACGAGGAGUGCUCAAUUGGUUGCUUUAUAAAGGUAAAUUUGGUGUUUCUUUAAACUUCCCGGGUUAACACCAUUUACCAGGACAAGGAUAAAAUGAAAGACUUUUCAAAUCCUUGGUCGACGGCACAAAUUGCACUAUUAAAGUCUUCAGCGGCGGUACUUAAGAACAACCCCCGCUGCGCCUGUCUGUUGGCAUCGAUAAUAAACAAGCCGUGUGUCGAAGUAAGCUUACCCCUUCUUGUCAAAUGCUCGUGAAGCCAAUAUUCAGUGGUACAGAUUUAUAGCCAGUUACUGGUAGAGAAAUUGCUCCCAGAUUCGGAUGAUGCCGCAGCAGCAUCACUCGAGGAUGUGCCAAAUUCGGAGCCUAAACAGGGCACCAAGAGGAAGAAGUUUCCGGUAUCAGCUUUGCCGGGCUAUCCCCCAGAUUGCGAUCGCACCCACACCCACGAACGACGGACUACCUUCCAAGCAUGUAGGCACCUUGGCCAAUGCACAAAUACCUGCCCCUGCGUGAAAUCGCAUGUUACGUGCGAGAAGUCUUGUAUCUGCUCACCAUCUUGCCCUCGUCGCUGGCGAGGUUGUACCUGUAAACGUGAGGGCAAGGCAUGUACUUUGGAGAACAAAUGCAUAUGUGCCAAAGCCAAUAGAGAGUGUGAUGUGGACCUUUGUCAGACUUGUGGCGCAGCAGAAGUCCUUGACCCGAAGAAUAGAUACGAUGACGCUUUCUCAAACAAUUGCUGCCAAAAUGUAGCGUUACAGAAAGAUAUGCCAAAACGGACUCUCCUGGGAAGGAGUGCGGUCGCUGGGUUUGGGCUAUUUGUUGGGGAAGAUGUGAAAGGGGGCGUUUUCUUGGGAGAGUAUAAAGGAGAAGUUAUAACGACCGAGGAAGCAGACAGAAGGGGCAAGCUCUAUGACAGGAGAGGUGUUAGCUUCCUGUUUAACCUUAACAGUAGUAUGUUAAUCCUCCCUUCCAUCUCUCAGUUAUGAUUCGGAACUAAUGGGAAUGGACCUCAGAUCAAGUUAUUGAUGCUACUAGGGCUGGAAAUAAGUUCCGCUAUGUCAACCAUUCCGCAAAGAAACCAAACUGCUAUGCGAGGGUAUUUAUGGCAAACUGCACGCAUAGAAUCGGCAUGUUUGCCAGAAGGGAUCUCAUAGCUGGAGAGGAACUAUUUUUCGAUUACGGGUGAGGCCAUAUUCUCCCCUACCACAACAUCUCUCUUCUGGAUCCGGGCGUCGAAUUGUCUAAUUGUUGAACCGGGCUAACAUUGUGCCUUUCUGGAAUCAUUAGCUACAACAACAAACAAGUGAAAUUUGUUCACAAAGAGCCGCCAGAAAUCCCCGGCCUAAAUACUACCAGCGGUGACAAACCGAGCAGACCCAAAAAGGCAACCCGAGUACCAAGACCGGUGAGCCAUAAAUUCGACUACCUCAAGGGCGGAAAAGGGACCACAGAGCGCUCAAGAGCAAUAAGAACAAACAGCGCACCGAUCGCCCCGACAGCCGGCCCAGCAGAUCCCAAACCGCCUACUCCUUCUCUAGGGCUUGCAGCCCCGGCUGGUGUUUCCGGGAACCGUCCUGCUAACACUAGAGCGCUUACCACCCUGGCGGCACCUACCCGACCACCACUACAGGGCAGCCGGAAGCCCCAGGCGAAAGGGAGCGCCGCGCAAGCCGAAGAUGUAAAUGGAAAUUCGGUACUAAGCCGGAGAUCGGGUUCAGCUAAGAGCCCUAUACUCCUCAACUCUAGUGGUGGGGAGCAAAGCAGUGGCGAAGAGGAGAGCUCAUCUGAUGGUCUGGACUCUCUUUCUGACCUGGAGGAGAGUGACGACGACGAGCCACCCCCAAGGCGGGAUAGAAAGCGCCGGGCGAAUCCAAGGAAGAGACGUAGGAGGCGCUGACCUUGGAAACGGUAUGAUUUUCAGGUGCUGUGGCGAUGGAUUCUAUGAUACCAGCAUGAUCGUUUCCCUUAUCUUUUGGGCAUUGGGGGCGCUGCAAGUUGAGGGUUGGAGUUUGCUUUACAAUUUCCGGAGUUAAUCGCUGUCCAUAAAUAUCGCAAUAUUUCCACUUUUUUCG